AUGACAUCACAUUACUCUAGUAAACACUAUUUAGUUGAUGGUCAGACACUCCCAAUCGAUCAACUGAAUUCAGCAAUAUGGUUAAGUCAAUUUUAUCAAUUGAAACCAGCUGUGACAAAUGAAAAUAAUACUUUAAACUCAUCAAUCACUCAAUUUAUAUUCCCUGAAGUAACAAGUAUUUUUAUUGGAGGCGGAGCCCCAGCCACUCGUAAUCCAGGUAUCAAUCCAUUAGAUUAUUUCAAUAGUACUUAUCCAAAAUGUACAAGUCUAGUAUUUUGGAACGAUAAUAGAGUUACUGAAAUUCCAGUCUAUUUCAAUCAAGCAUUUCCAAAUCUCAAAACUUUUCAACAACAAUUUCCAAAUCUUCAAAAUUUGACAAUAUUAUCAUUGAGCAUUAGUCCAAACCAAGUCCUAACCAUUCAAGUUGAUUCCCCACUCAUUAGCUUAUCGCAUACAAAAAUCUACUCUGACAGUGACCCAACAGAUGAUGAUAUCUAUUCUGAUAAUUGGAAUAGUGGAGAACCAUCUGGUGGUUUUAUCAAUCCUAUAUUCUCAUACCCAAACUCGAUUAAAUCACUACAAGGUUUAUAUUUUAAUAAUAAUUUUUCAGGGACUAUUCCAUCUAAUUUCUUUGCAAUGAAUCCAAAUAUUAGAGAAUUUGCAGUGGCAUAUAAUCCAUUCAUUCAAGGUAUUAUUGGAGAGGAAUCAUGUCAUGUCAAUAUUUUGUCUAUUACAAACACUAGUAUUAGUUCAGUUCCAGAUUGCUGGUGGUGUUUUUACGAUGGUAUAAAGAACAAAAAUUUCGCAACAUCCCUUACCAAACCUUCAUCCAUUGACUGUCCUGGUCCUCAAUUGAAAAGUACUGAACUAUUUUCAGUCAAUCAAAGUGUAACGAUUGUUGGUAAUAAUAUAGGUUGGGGUGAUUUUUAUCUAGAUCUUGUAGUGGCCAAUAGAAUAGUAGUAGGAAAUCAUUUUAAAAUUCCAAGAGGAACUACUCAAUAUGUACAAGUUGUAUUUUCAGUUCGUCCAAAUAUUUGGGCACCGGUGAAUGUAACAUGUAUUGAUUUUUCAGUCAAUAAUGUUACAUUGGAUCUUCAAACCAAUCAAGAGAUGAUUGUAAAUUAUGAUUAUGCUACUCCAAAAUAUCCACCAAAUGUAAAUGUUGGAAAUAGUUUACAAUCUCUACAAUCAAUCAAUUCAAAAUAUUGUUUCACAGGAUGCCAAGCAAUAUAUACUAUUCCAUCACCAUUUAAUUUUGAUACAAUGAUGGAUAUCAAUUUCUUUACCUCAUUACAAUCACAAUCCUUUGUUGAUUCUAGUAUCAUUAUUAUCAAAGGUAAGUAA